UUGUUACUACUGUUUUUGGCUACCAUAUCUUAUUCAUUAGGCCAUCUUGAAAGUGGGAAUAAGAUCAAGACUGCUACAUUCCUAUCACCUAAGUUUGUAUUGGGACCAGGGUCUGUAGAGAAUAGGUGGUACUACAAUAUUGAUUUUCCAAGAGGUCAUAUAUUCCUCAAAAGCUUUAAUGCUGAAGUAAUCGAUGAGUCUGGCAAUCCAAUUCCUCUCCAUGAAACUUACCUUCACCACUGGGUUGUUUCGAGAUACUAUCAACCAACGAAUGCUUCAGUCAACGAGAACAAUAGUCCAUCAGAUCAUAUUUCUGCAAGAAACAGUGGUAUAUGUCAAGGUAAUGUUCUUGGUCAGUAUUUUGGUCUUGGUUCAGAAACAAGAAAAACAGAUACACAUGUUCCAGAUCCUUAUGGUAUAGAAGUUGGUAACCCUGCUGAAAUUCCUGUUGGGUAUGAAGAGAAAUGGUUAGUUAACAUCCAUGCUAUAGAUACAAGGGGCGUUGAAGAUAGGCUGGGGUGCGCUGAAUGCAAAUGCGAUCUUUACAAUGUUACAGUUGAUGAAUUUGGCCGUCCUUUGAGACCUGAAUACAAGGGAGGUUUAUUAUGUUGCUAUGACCAUACACAAUGCAAUGUGAGACCAGGUUUUCAGGGCUCCAGGAGAAACCUUUAUCUGCAGUACACCAUCAAGUGGGUUGAUUGGGAUAGUUCAACUAUUCCUGUUAAAAUCUUUAUAUUUGAUGUUACAGAUACUGGCGAGAGGUUUAAUGGCUCAUCAGGAAUCAGUCUGCACUAUGGCUGUCAGGUUGAGUAUGAAGUUAAAGGCUGCAGAAACAGUGAUGCAGCUGUUGAUGAAUGCAUUGAUGUGAGAAGGACAAAUGUCGUAAUGCCAGCCGGUGGUUAUGUCAUAUACGGUGUUGCCCACCAGCACACUGGGGGCAUUGGUUCAAGUCUCUACGGACAGGAUGGACGUGUUAUAUGCACAUCAUUACCCACUUAUGGAAAAGGAAAAGAAGCAGGAAACGAGGCUGGUUACAUUGUCGGAAUGUCAACCUGUUAUCCUAAACCGGGCUCUGUCAAGAUUGGUGAUGGAGAGAAAUUAAUGUUGGAAUCAAAUUAUAGCAGUACUCAAAUGCACACUGGAGUUAUGGGGCUCUUCUACAUUUUUGUUGCAGAUCAAAUGCCAAACCCUGAGACUACCUUACACACUGAUCAUGCUCAUGUGAGCAAUAUGGUUUAUUCUUCUCAUCAAAGCUGCAUGCUUUCAGUAGCAAUUAUGCUACUACUUUCUGUCAACAUAUCCUCUUCGCUAGCCCAUCUCGAAAACGGGAGUAAGAUUAAAUCUGCUACUCUUAUAUCCCCUGUUUUUGUAUUAGGACCAGGAUCAGUAGUCUACAGAUUGCACUACAACAUCGAUUUUCCACGAGGUCAUAUUUUCCUCAAAGGCUUUAACGCUGAAGUUAUCGAUGAUGCUGGGAAUUCAAUACCGCUCCAUGAGACUUACCUUCACCACUGGGCUAUUAGAAGAUACUAUCAUCGAACAAAUGCUUCGAGAAUUUCUGCAAGAAACAGUGGAGUAUGCCAAGGGGAUAUUCUUGGACAAUUCUAUGGUGUUGGAUCAGAAACAAGAAAAACAGCUACAUAUGUUCCAGAUCCUUACGGCAUAGAAAUUGGUAAUCCUGCUGAAAUUCCUGUUGGGUAUGAUGAAAGAUGGCUGCUUGACCUCCAUGCUAUAGAUACAAGAGGUGUCGAAGAUAGGUUGGGCUGCGCUGAAUGCCGAUGUGAUCUUUACAAUACGACUGUUGAUGCAAAUGGCAAUCUUUUGAGUCCUGAAUAUAAAGGAGGUUUGCUAUGUUGCUAUGAUGGUUCACAAUGCAGGCUGAGACAAGGGUUUUCUGGUGAGGCGAGAAGAAUUUACUUGCGGUACACCGUGAAAUGGGUUGAAUGGGAUAGUUCUGUAAUUCCUGUUAAAAUAUUUAUAUUUGAUGUUACUGAUACUGGAGAAAGGCUUGAUGGUUCGUCAGGAAUCGGCCCACAAAAUGGCUGUCAGGUUGAAUACCAAGUGAAAUCCUGCAAAAACAGUAAUGCAGGAUGCAUUGAUGUCAAAAGGACAAGCAUCACCAUGCCGAAUGGUGGUUCUGUUAUCUAUGGUGUUGCUCACCAGCAUACUGGGGCAACUGGUUCAACUCUCUAUGGCCAGGAUGGACGCGUUAUAUGUACAUCAUUACCGAUUUAUGGAAAUGGGAAAGAAGCAGGAAAUGAGGCUGGUUAUGUCGUAGGAAUGUCCGCCUGUUAUCCUAAACCAGGCUCUGUCAAGAUUGUAAAUGGGGAGAAGUUAGUUCUGGAAUCAAAUUACAGCAGUGCUCAAAUGCAUACUGGAGUGAUGGGUCUUUUCCACAUUUUCAUUGCAGACAGAACACCUAAGGAAACGCGUUUCUUAGAUUCUAUUACUCAUGCAUAUCAGAACAUGGAGGCAUCCUUACAUCCUUGGAAGAUGAUAGUUUUAUUGGGUUCGGCACUUACUCUGGCUGUUGUUGGUAUUGCCGCCUAUUCUUGGGCUGCCACUGGAAAAGAUGACCGUCACAAACCAAUUCUGACAUGAACUUAGUUUACUACAUAUCAUAAAUGUGUAUUAUAUCUUUAUUCAGCCUACAAAUGGUAACAUAUAGGCAUUUUAUGUAAAAUUUAGCAGUAGCAUGCUUAUUGAACUAUCAUUAUAGGAACUGGAAAUGAGUAAAUAAAUAUUAACUGCAGAAUGUUUUGUUUGGCUGAGGAA